GGCCCGGUGACGUCACCACACGAGGUGUAUAUGAUAUUAUUUUCCAGUUUUAUUGUGUAUAUGGGACAUGUGCACGAGACACGGUGUGUAUUAUAUGGAUAUUAAGACAACAUGAAGAAGAAAUACGAAUUUUGGGAGAAGUUGAGUUUGAAGUGCGUGUUGAUUGGUGAUACUGGGGUCGGGAAGAGUAGUCUGGCUGCCCGAGUGUCUAACAGGUCCUUCAAGACGGACUACACACCAACGUUGUUUGAUAAUUAUGCGGCAACUGUAACCGUUGACAACAGACCAUACCACCUGAGUCUGUUCGACACUGCUGGCAAGGAGGACUUUAACAAGCUGAGGGUGCUGUCCUACAUCAACAGUGACGUGUUCCUAGUCUGUUUCUCUGUAAACAACCCGGAGUCCCUGGAGAAUGCCGAGGCUUGCUGGGUACCGGAACUCCGACAGUACAUGCCGGACACGCCCUUCGUAUUGGUGGGUACCCAGACGGACAUCCGAGCCAAGAAACCCAACACCCGGGACCAGGUUGUACGAAAUUCUGUCAUAUCGGCUAAGCAGGCAUCUGAGGUUGCCAACAGAGUGGGCGCCAUUUCUUACAUCGAGUGCUCCGCCAUGACGGGUGAAGGCAUCGAAGACCUGACUGGGGAUAUCAUCAUGGGCGCCCAUCGCGCAUGGGAGACGAAAUGUAUGAAAAAAACAAAGUGUUGCAACUGUAAAAUCUUGUGAUGAGAGAUUUUCUAUAGAACUCUUCAACCCCAAAGGUUGUGAAUUGAUACUCGGCGGGCAACCGAUUCAGCGACGAUUGUCGCCGUGGCCUCCCAGGCUGUGUCAUGACGUCACAGUAUAUGACGUGACUCCCAACACUCACACGCAUUGGAUGUAACUCAAAAUUCAAUGCUGUGGAGGUUCUGCAUUCAAUCUCGAGAACGAUUCUACUCUGCAUAAUUACCUGAAUCCAGAUUACGACGGAAUUUCAAACAGGAAGUGAUGUUUAAAGAGAUUAUUAUGUCAAGAGGUCAGCAGGACAAGAGCGCUAAUCGAAUGCCAAGGACUGCUGUACAAAGAGACAUAAUCUCGAGAAAAGCAGGUCACGUGGUACGAGGUGUAAAGGAUACCGUACUGGACAGAAUUUCGCUCAAAGUGCAAUACCGGAAGUGGACAAACUGACAUGUAAGACUCUUCAAAGGUUGUAACACUGUAAAACGGUCACACGGAAAACAGUUAUUGCGUCAGCAUUGAUUAACUAAUAAACGUCAUUUAGCUUAAGUUUAAUCGUCAUUCAUUGAAAUUCGUAAGCUGCGUUACGUCAGCAGUACACGUAGAACAGUCAUGCAUUAUCAGUAGUGUGGUGUGGCGCAGUGUAUUAGAGGAUCCUCGCCGGACGAACAGUUCCGGAGAUAAAUGCGCAAGCCACCUCGCGAUUAGCUUUAAACCGGAAGUAUGACAAACGGUAUCGAGCGAAUGUUUAUGAUCACCUCAUUUUUAUUAAAGUAAACAGGUGAAGUUUG